CUAUGAUCCCAUUUAGUGAUUUCUGUGGAAAUUAUUCACGUGUACCACCUGUUGUCAAUACACCUAACUAUGUUAUGCCACAAAAUAAUCUAUGCAGAAAUGAUUCAUCCCAAACCAUCUCUCAUACUACAACCCCCUCUAGGAGAGGUAGACGAUCAAAUGUUCCACCUGAAAUUAGAGAGCAAACGCGUCGAUUGAAAAAACAAAAUAUGGAGCGUAAACGACGUGCAUGUAUCUCUGAUAAAAUGAAUGCUUUGCAUAACUUGGCUAUGAAUUUAAUUGGAAUUGAUGCUGAGGAAAGACACAAAGUUGAAAAAGCUGACAUCCUGAAUCUUUGUCAUAGUGUUUUUCAAGGAAUAGCGAACAUAAUUAAAGACGAACCUGAAUUACAAAACCGUUUACGAAAGUUACAUCAUCAUAUGAUUGAAGAAUCCACUUCAUCUACAUCAGUGUCAAUUAAAUUAGAAACUGGUACUUCUUUUGUAUCUACUGAUACAAUCCCACAGUACACUUUAUUAGAUAAAAAUAAUCAAAGUACAGAUCAUCAGAAUCAUUAUGAACAACAUCCAAGACAAUCGAAGGUUAUCUCAUCGUUUGAAGCACCAAAGUCACAGCCACCAUCAUUAUACUGUUUUUCAAGUAAUCAAAAUCUUGAGGAACAGAAUAAAGAAAAUAAAAUACCGAAAUUGAUUAUAAGAAAUUCUUCAAUUAUAAACUAUAAACCAGUUCCUGAUAUCAGUGAUAGGUGUACUAAAUCUUCUCUAUCUGAUAAUACACCAUAUAUGUUAUCAUCAUCUUCCAUCUAUUCAACACCAUUGAAUAAUUUACAUUCGAAUAAUAUUAUUUAUUCACAAGAUAAACCAUUGAAAAUGCUACAAUGUCAAUCAACACCUUUACAAUAUACUAAAAAAUUUAAUUUAUCAUUGAAUAAUUCUGAUAGUGGUAUAGACAGUAACCAAUCAAUUGAAGUGAUAUCAGACAGAAAACAGUUAUCCAUUUCAAAUGAAGUUCAUCCCAUGCUUUCCUCUGAAUUCAUCUUAGGAGAAAUAUCAAAUAAGCUAUCACUAUCAUCUAGUUCAAUGAUGAAUUCACCAUUAUUAUGUGAUGACUUUUCAUCAGCAUUCACUAUUGCAGCAAAUACGUUAACUACUACUACUACUACUACUCAUAUGAUCAAAUCAGUAGACGCUUCUUUCUCAUCUAGUAAUCCUCAUCAUUAUCAAAGUUCAAUUGUGACUAAUAGUUUGUCGACUUCUGCUGCUUCUAAUACACAAACAGUUUUCACUAGUGGCACUGAUACUAUACCAAUGUGGAGACCAUACCUUGACUAAUUUGAACAUAGCAUGGUUCCAUCUUCCAAUUAUACCAAAUACCAUUGCUUUCUUUUCUGCUAAACAAAAUUAUAUCAUGUACAUAAAACAGAGACAAAUAUACAUUUACAAAUUCACCGGUAAAUUAUGCAAUUCCACUCAAAAUAUUACCAUUGAACUGUAAAGAUGAAGUUGUCUAAAUUUAUCUUUGAAUGCAAAAAGUCAUAGAUCAUUGAACAGAAUAGAUUUGUACAGAUUUCAUUGACCUUUUAAACUAC